GAGAUAAGGUGAAUUAGGUUUCCGCUUUUGACCGGCCUACAUACGGACACGUGUCAAACAAGCCGACAUAUAAACAGAGACCGACGCUGCUUUGCCUUAGAUACAUUGGUAGUUUCAACGUGUGCUAUGAAGGUACUCAUUUCCUCCGCGUUUUUCCUCGGCCUUGUGGCACUGGGCUCAACCCAUCUCUGUCUUGUGUUCCCGCAACAGCGUGGAAAUGUCACGGGACUUGAUGCAGCUGCUGCUCCUGACUGCUAUCGUGUAACAGGGCCAUGCGGCGGUAUGGAUACGGCAGGACAUGUCAGGACCGUUUUCCAAGAGGGCGAUAUGGUCAGUAUCACUUAUCAGAAGAACGCUGGUCACUGGGUUGCCGCCACUCCGUUACAGGGUUACUUCGCAAUAAGCCUGAUCAAGCUCAGUAACCACGGCGGAACACUGAGUGCGCCACAAGAGUUGAAGAGGAGAGAGGAUAAGAACGAGCCCAACCUUACCAUCUUCUCUGACGCUGUCCAGCUUCCGGCAGGUGUACAUGGACAUCACAUUAUUCAGGUGACCUACGUUACGAACAACCCAGCUGCACCAGCCGUCUUCUACCAGUGUGCUGACGUCACAAUCAACACCAGAACCGGUGGUGGCGUCGUCGGCUGAUGCUGAAAGCACUUCGUCUGCUUACUUGUAACAUGCAAUUGUCCUUGAUAAUAUAUUUAUCAAACACCA